AUAUAGAAAAAUGUAAAGAAGUCUAUCAAAGGUCUCUCUUUUAAGUUGUCGUGUUCUCGCAUGAUUCUUCUUCUUCUUCUUCUUCUUCUUCAAGAUGACAAUUGCAGAUAACGCGAUUUUAUCGUCUCUUCUGUUCUCAGAUCGUUAUAAACUGAAAAUUUAUAGGCUUUGCGUCCGAUUUCGUCACUGAAACUGAAAAAGUUCCUUUGCUUUUGUUGUGUUCUUUUCAUGGUUUUCCGCGGGAAAAGUUCGUCUUUUUGAAGCCCUUUUGACAUAAACAAGACCAUAAGAAGAAGAAGUUGAAGAAACAUGAAUACAACAUCGACACAUUUUGUUCCACAGAGAAGGUUUGAAAUUUACGAGCCUCUCAACCAAAUCAGUAUGUGGGAAGAAAGUUUCAAGAACAAUGGAGGCAUGUAUACGCCUGGCUCUAUCAUAAUCCCAACAAACGAAAAGACAGACAGCUUGUCAGAGGAUACUUCUCAUGGGGCAGAGGGAACUCCUCACAAGUAUGACCAAGAGGCUUCCACAUCCAGACAUCCUGAUAAGAUACAGCGACGGCUUGCUCAGAAUCGUGAGGCAGCUAGGAAAAGUCGUUUGCGCAAGAAAGCUUAUGUUCAGCAGCUAGAGACAAGCCGGUUGAAGCUAAUUCAUUUAGAGCAAGAACUCGAUCGUGCUAGACAACAGGGUUUCUAUGUUGGGAACGGAGUAGAAUCCAGUGCUCUUGGUUUCUCAGAUAACAUGAGCUCAGGGAUUGUUGCAUUUGAGAUGGAAUAUGGACAUUGGGUGGAAGAACAAAAUAGGCAAAUAUGCGAACUAAGAACUGUAUUACAUGGACAAGUUAGUGAUAUAGAGCUUCGAUCACUAGUCGAAAAUGCCAUGAAACAUUACUUUCAACUCUUCCGAAUGAAAUCAACUGCUGCAAAAAUUGAUGUCUUCUACGUCAUGUCGGGAAUGUGGAAAACUUCAGCAGAGCGGUUUUUCUUGUGGAUAGGUGGAUUUAGACCCUCGGAGCUUCUCAAGGUUCUGUUACCGCAUUUUGAUCCUUUGACGGAUCAACAACUUUUGGAUGUAUGUAAUUUGAGGCAAUCAUGUCAACAAGCGGAAGAUGCGUUAUCUCAAGGUAUGGAGAAAUUGCAACAUACAUUAGCAGAGAGUGUAGCAGCAGGGAAACUUGGCGAAGGAAGUUAUAUUCCUCAAAUGACUUGUGCUAUGGAGAGAUUGGAGGCUUUGGUAAGCUUUGUAAACCAGGCUGAUCAUUUGAGACAUGAGACAUUGCAACAAAUGCAUCGAAUCUUAACGACGCGACAAGCGGCUAGAGGUUUGUUAGCACUAGAAAGGAUUGAAGUGAAACCUUAAGAUUCGAGAAUGGAGAGUAUGGUUGUGAGUGAGGUUUUGGACAAGAACAGGAGCAAUAACAUAAGCUGCUGUUUGAUGAUGAUUCUUGUCUUGCGGCUAAAGGAAAUGUUUGAGGGAAGUUGUAAAUAUGAUCAGCAACGUAAAGUAUAGCUUUCUAGAAACCAAAUUUUCAAUGUUUUGUUUUUCUCUUGUAUGUAAUACUAUUAUAGAUUUGGCUUGUGGUGUAUAUUGUUUCAAAUGUCAUAUUCACUAAAGAAUUUGAACCACAUGAAAAUGCAUAAAGGUUUGUAACUUUGGUCA